AUGAGCAAUUCCUCUCAGCUGAUUCAAAAUGUUUGUCUCACCCAGAAGAUGGGGCUCCCGAAGAGCUUCUCUAGCCAACGGACAUGCCUAUCUGCCAUCCUCAGCAUGCUAUCACUCAGCCUCUCCACAGCAUCCCUGCUCAGCAACUACUGGUUUGUGGGCACACAGAAGGUGCCCAAGCCCCUGUGCGGGAAAGGUCUACCAGCCAAGUGCUUUGACGUGCCGGUGCCCCUGGAUGGGGGCAGCAGCAACGCAUCUUCCCAGGAGGUGGUGCACUACAGCUGGGAGACCGGGGAUGACCGGUUCACCUUCCAUGCCUUCCGGAGCGGCAUGUGGCUAUCCUGUGCGGAGAUCAUGGAAGAACCAGGGGAGAGGUGCCGACGUUUCCUUGAACUCACACCACCAACCGAGAGAGAGAUCCUAUGGUUAUCACUGGGAGCCCAGUUUGCCUACAUUGGACUUGAACUCAUCAGUUUCCUCCUGCUACUGACGGACUUGCUAUUCACAGGGAACCCUGGCUGUGGCCUCAAGCUGAGUGCCUUUGCCGCCAUCUCCUCUGUCUUGUCGGGCCUUCUGGGGAUGGUGGGCCAUAUGAUGUACUCACAAGUUUUCCAGGCAACGGCCAACUUGGGUCCAGAAGACUGGAGGCCACACGCUUGGAACUACGGCUGGGCUUUCUACACGGCCUGGGUCUCCUUUACCUGUUGCAUGGCAUCGGCGGUCACCACCUUCAACACCUACACCCGGCUCGUGCUGGAAUUCAAGUGCAGGCACAGUAAGAGGUUCCGAGGAGCCCCAGGCUGCCAACCGCAUCACCACCAGUGCUUCCUGCAGCAGCUGGCGUGCACAGCCCAGCCGGGGGGCCCCAUGACCAGCUACCCCCAGUUCCACGGUCAGCCCAUCCGCUCCAUCUCUGAAGGGGUAGACUUCUACUCAGAACUACAUGACAAGGAACUUCAACAAGGCACCAGCCAGGAGCCUGAGGCCAAGGCGGCUGGCUUAUCUGUAGAAGAGUGUUAG